CACUGCGUUGUGGAUUUGCGUGUUCGUGACGGGGCAGACAUGGAACAGCUUAUGCAAGCGCUCAUUGAACAACAAACACAGCUGACGGCUACUAUUCAGGCUCAACAAACACAGCUGACGGCAGCGAUUCAGGCGUUGUCGACGUCGCUUACUCAUCGUCUGUCUUCCUCUUCUCCGCCUCCAUUCCCUCCUUACGACGAGGCCGCUGAAGACUGGGAGGAUUAUGAGAAGCGUUUGCGGCAACACUUCUUGGCUUUCGGCGUUGUCGACGCUCCUCUGUUGCAGCAAGAAAUUGACAGCAAUGAUGGACCACCAGAUAUAUUUCCCAUCAGGUCAGCAGCCAGAGAGAUUAGAAAAAUGAGAAAAAAUGUCAAAAGUGUCAAAUUCUUGCUAUAUCUAUUAUUUUUAACAAUAAAUGAAGAAAGAAGAUAUUAUUUUUACUGUAAAUCUGUCAGUUAGUUUUGAGAUCUAGAAAUUUAAUUUUUAAUCUAACUGGAUAAAGAAAAAAUUACUCACCAAGUGGUGGCAGGAGAAAACACACAAAAAAGUUAAGGAACUGUGCAAGCUUUCAGAGACAAUGGCUCUUUCUUCUAAUAGAAGGGUUGAAGGGGAAGGAAGAGGGAUAAAGGAAAAUGACUGUAGGAAUUAAGGAAAUGGGGAGACUUACAGAAAAGCCACCCAGAACCCAAGGUCAGGGGUCUUUUCUUCUCAUCCCACCUGGUAAGUUCACCAUGACUUGGAGUUCUGGGUGGCUUCUCUAUAAGUCUCCCCAUUUCCUGAACCUCGCCAGACCCUUUCCUUCAUCACUCUUCCUUCCCCUUCAACCCUUCUGCCAGAAGAAGGAGCCACUGCCUCUGAAAGCUUUCACAUUUCCUUAAACCUUUAGGCCUGUUUUCUCCUGCCACCACUUGGUGAGCAUAUUUUUUACCUAUCCAAUUAUAUUUUCAAGAGUUGUAACCUGGUUUAUGUAAUGUCAUAAUAGCCACAAUUUAUUGAAUAUAUUAAAAAUAUAUGGCAAGGUGCUGUUUAUACUGUUGCAA